UAGUUUUAGAUUGUUAGAAGUGUUUAGUCAUGCUGUUUUUACGGGUGGCAUUGCUUGGAGCAUUAGUUUGUUGCGUAGUUGCAAAAUCAUCACCACUGACGUUACUUAUAUCGUUUGACGGAUUUCGCUGGAAUUAUAUUGGAGACCGAACGAACACACCAAACUUUGACAAGUUGAUUAACACUGGCGUUAAGGCGAAAUGGAUAAGAGAUGUUUUUGUUUCUAAAACCUUUCCAAACCACUACACCCUGGCUACGGGAUUGUACGAGGAAAGCCAUGGAAUUGUAGGCAACGAGUUUUAUGAUCCACGUAUGAACAAAACGUUCAGCCUUGCAAACGCAAAUUCCUGGAAUGACACUGCAUUUUGGGGAGGUGAACCAAUUUGGAUAACUGCUGAAAAACAAGGGAUAAAAACAGGAACUUACUUUUGGGUGGGAAGCGAGACUGUAAUUGAUGGUAUGCUGCCAUCAGCAUACAGAAGAUAUGCCACAGCCGAUCAUAUCUACCCUGGUUUACAGCACAGAGUUGACACAGUGGUGAACUGGCUUGCUAACAAACCAACAGACCAAGAAAAAGCAAUGGGAAUCAGGCUUGCUCUGCUGUAUUUCUAUCAACCUGAUCAUGAUGGUCAUACCUUUGGUCCAGAAUCAGACGAGGUCACAAAACAAAUUGAACAAUGUGAUAAAAUUAUUGGUUAUCUAAUACAGAAGCUGAUUAAAAACAAUCUGUACGACAAAGUUAAUAUUAUCAUCACCAGUGACCAUGGAAUGGCAGAACUAAACCAACCGGCGACAAUACCACUCCUUUCAUAUGUUAAUGAUACAGUGGCAGAUCAUAUUAUAAACUAUGGUACUGGUGCAGCAAUAUGGCCCAAACCAGGAUACCUUGACACUGUGUAUAAGAGCUUAAUGAAAAUGGAUUUAAAGCAAGUGUUUGUGUGGAAGAAGGAUGAAAUACCUGAUAGUUAUCAUUACAAACACAAUAUACGAAUUCCUCCUAUUCUUAUCAAUGUAAAAGAUGGAUGGUUUCUUGUGAAUUACCCAAAUGAUCCUUUACCAAUGAAGGGCACACAUGGUUACAACAAUUCUUUACAAGACAUGCACCCAUUCUUUAUCGCACAUGGACCUGCGUUCCGACAAAAUUACGUUUCGGAACCAUUUGACAGUGUUGAUGUGUAUGGGCUUAUCUGCCACAUUUUAGGAAUUACUCCUGCAUCUAAUAACGGAUCAUUCACAGCAGUUGAGCAUUUGCUUAGAGUAGAAUCUAAAGUCGUUAUUGACCCUAUUCUUAUUGGUGUUAUUGUCGGUAUAUUCCUUGUGCUUGGUUUACUCAUAUACACCGUGCAGAGUUUGCAGCCCCAUUGUUGUAGAAGGGAAAAACAAAGUCAUCAUGCUGAAAGUGGGGAGGCAGCACAAGCAUUGCUUUAAUACCAACAGUAGGUUAGGUUUACUGUCAAUUAUGAGAUUUUUAAGACUUGCUAUGCGUGAAGACUUUGUUUCUAUCGUGAACUACACAAGCUUGUGUGAAUAUUGUAGCAUAAACGAAGCUUUAACUGUGUUAUAUUGUACUGUGCGUCAUUACUUUUAUUCGUUGUUUUAAUCUAUCUUUCAUACCGUUUAAAGCAUGUCUUUUACUAUUAUGUUUUCUCUUUUAUUAAAUGAUUAGUUUAAGUUACAAUUGAUGUUAAAACUGGUUUUUAAAGUUGGCAAUAUUUUUAUGGUUACAGUAUAAGUUCUUUUCCACAAACUAUACUGCAGUGUUAAAGAUUUUAGUUGCAUGUUUUUACAAUUUAAUUGAGAUUUUAUUCCUUAAUGUUACGAAUACAUUGCCUUUUCCACACUUCCACACAAAAAUGUUAUACUUGUUUCAAAUUAAAUGACAACUUUAAAUUUUAAAUAGUUAUUUCUUUUUUUUCUCUAUGAUAUGUGUUACUUUAUAUUACAUUCCUAUUUUUGUUUGCCUUUUUGCUCUGUGUAUUACGGCUCUGUGUUUCAAGAUUUUUCGAAAAGAAGCCACUGUUGUGUAAAGCAGAAGCACCAUGCCUAAUGCUAGCCAACACAAUGCUUGGUAACUAUACUUUUUACUGAGAAUUUCUGUGUGUUUUAACCUGGGCGUAUAUUCUUAACAGUGAAAUCUUGUAUUUAUUGUUUUAAGCAUCGUGUAUGCGGUAUGCCACACUUUGGGUACAGUUACUGUUGGUAUGUUUUGCGAAAGAAACCACAUUUAUUGGAUGAGAGAUAUCAAAUGUUUUUACGAAUUAUUCGGCUUAAACUUAACUUGUAGCAGUGCUUGUGGUUUAAAAUGGUAAGUUUUGGUGAAACCAGAAUAAUAUUUCUGGUUUAAUAAAAGCAUAAAUUGUGAUAAUUGA